AUGGCAAAUUAAAUUUAAUUCAUUGACCAUAGCAAGUAUUUGUGUAAAAUAUAUAUUGUCAUUAAUAUAUAUGUAAUUAGUUUUUAAUAAGUGAUAAAUUUUAGAGAAAUUCUACUUUGUUCAACUUUGAGUGAAAGAGCAGUUAAAAUAGAAUUUUAAUAAUAUGUAAAAUCAAUAUUGAGAUAUAUAUAUAUAUAAGUCAUGUCCUCAUUUAUAAUCAAUAUUAAAAUUAAAGUAAUUAAUCUAAACUGGAUGCAAGAUUGAUGUUAAUACAAAGGGAAUUAUAUAAAUAUACCAAGUUGAGUUUAAAAUUAGAUAUAGGAAUCAUAACAAAUUAAGAUGUUAUGUUGCAAAUUUGUAAUUUUGA